UGACAAAGUCAUUAUCAAUCUGCUUCCUUAUCUCUCUUUUUAUGAAAUGAAAACAAUAAUUAUCACCUGUCUCACAAGGUAGGGUUAGAAGGAUUAAAUAUGAAAGUGCUCUGUGAAGUGUGAAACAGAUAAACUACAUAGCUGAAAUGUAUCAUGAUAUUUAUUCAAUUACACAGCACAUACUUCAUGAUAUCCACGCUAGGCUUGGAGAAACAUAAAGAAUAAGAGUUUUUAUCCUUUCAUGAACUCAAAAGCUAGAGGGUAUAUUUAGGAUAAUGGGUAGGAUGCAGCCUUCAGUCAAUGAACCUAAAGACUGGCAUAGAAUUGGCCAAAAGCAGGCUGGGGUUAGGCUACUGAAAGGUGGUCUAGAUUGAGUUACAGGGGGACAAUAACAAUCUCAAGAUGCCUUGACCUGCUAGAUGUGCCCCAAACUUUUUUUCCAGUGUGUGUGUUACCAAGGUGCGGGCUGAAGCAGUUCAAAUGCUCCAUGAGGGGGAGGAAGCUGUGGGAUGAUGGGGAGGGUUCCCACAAAGAUGGAGCCUCGUCAGCCUUUCUCCAGCACCGGAAACCACAGGAAACCAGCAAGGCCCUGCCACCUACCUUCAGGCCAUGCAGCCAUGUUCCAGGAGCCUUAACUGCAUAGAAGCCCAUGGGGCGCUCCAGACCAGCAGCCCUGCUCCUGCCUCUCCUCCUGAUAUUCAUUGACCUCUCUGACUCUGCUGGGAUUGGCUGUCCCCACCUGCCCCGCUGGAACACCCGGGGUCCUCUGGCCUCACACAUGGAUGACAGUUUCACUGGAAGUUCUGCCCAUAUCCCUUGCCACACCUGGUGGGCCUGCUUCUCCACAAAGCGUUGGUGUGCACGAGUCUGGCACUGUUCCCGCUGUUUGUGCCAGCAUCUACUGUCAGGUCACUCAGGUCUUCAGCGGGGCUUCUUCGGCCUCCUGGUGCAGAAAUCCAAAAAGCCUUCCACAUUCAAGUUCUGUAGGAAACACAAGAUCCCAGCACCUGUUCAGAGGAAGCUGCUUCUUAGUCGUCGCCUGUCUGAGAAGAGCCAUCACAUUUCCAUCCCCUCCCCAGAUAUCUCCCACAAGGGAUUUCGCUCUAAAAGGACCCAACCUUCAGAUCCAGAGGCAUGGAAAAGUCUUCCUAGAUUGGACUCACAAAGGCACAGAGGGCCCGAGUUCUCCUUUGAUUUGCUGUAUGAGGCCCGGGCUAUUCGGGUGACUAUACCUUCAGGCCCUGAGGUCAGUGUGCGUCUUUGUCACCAGUGGGCACUGCAGUGUGAAGAGCUGAGCAGUCCCUAUGAUGUCCAGAAAAUCGUGUCUGGGGGCCACACUGUAGAACUGUCUUAUGAAUUCCUUCUGCCCUGUCUGUGCAUAGAGGCAUCCUACCUGCAAGAGGACACUGUGAGGCGCAAAAGAUGUCCCUUCCAGAGCUGGCCAGAAGCCUAUGGCUCAGACUUCUGGAAGUCAGUGCAUUUCACUGACCACAGCCAGCACACUCAGAUGGUCAUGGCCCUGACACUCCGCUGCCCACUGAAGCUGGAAGCUGCCCUCUGCCAGAGGCACGACUGGCAUACUGUUUGCAAAGACCUCCCGAAUGCCACGGCUCAAGAGUCAGAGGGGUGGUAUGUUUUGGAGAAGGUGGACCUGCACCCCCAGCUCUGCUUCAAGUUCUCUUUUGGAAACAGCAGCCAUGUCGAAUGCCCCCACCAGACUGGGUCUCUCACAUCCUGGAAUGUGAGCAUGGAUACCCAAGCCCAGCAGCUGAUCCUUCACUUCUCCUCAAGAACACAUGCCACCUUCAGUGCUGUCUGGAGCCAUGAAGACUUGGGGCAGGAUACUUUGGUGCCCCCUGUGUACACUGUCAGCCAGGCCCAGGGCUCAAGCCCAGUGACACUAGACCUCAUCAUUCCCUUCCUGAGGCCAGGGCGCUGUGUCCUGGUGUGGCGAUCAGAUGUACAGUUUGCCUGGAAGCACCUCUUGUGUCCGGAUGUCUCUAACAGACACCUGGGGCUCUUGAUCCUGGCACUGCUGGCGCUCCUCGCCCUACUGGGUGUUGUUCUGGCCCUCACCUGCCGGCGCCCACAGUCAGGCCAGGGCCCAACACGGCCAGUGCUGCUCCUGCACGCGGCGGACUCUGAGGCUCAGCGGCGCCUGGUGGGAGCGCUGGCUGAACUGCUGCGGGCAGCGCUGGGCGGCGGGCGCAACGUGAUCGUGGACCUGUGGGAGGGGAGGCACGUGGCGCGCGUGGGCUCGCUGCCGUGGCUCUGGGCGGCGCGGGAGCGCGUGGCGCGGGAGCAGGGCACGGUGCUAUUGCUGUGGAGCAGCGCCGCCCUCCGCCCCGCCAGCUACCCCAACCCCGGCACCGCGCCCUUGCUCGCCCUGCUCCACGCUGCCCCACGCCCGCUGCUGCUGCUCGCUUACUUCAGUCGCCUCUGCGCCAAGGGUGACAUCCCCAAGCCGCUGCGCGCUCUACCGCGCUACCGCCUGCUGCGCGACCUGCCGCGCCUUCUGCGGGCGCUGGACGCGCAGCCUUCCGCGGAAUCCACCAGCUGGGGACUCCUCGGAGCGCGGCAGCGCUGGCGGAGCCGCCUAGAGCUGUGCAGCCAGCUCGAACGAGAGGUCGCCCAACUCGCAGACCUAGGUUGAGCAGAGCUCCACCGCAGUCCCGGGUGUCUACGGCCACAACGUAACGGGAACCCCUGAAUGAACCUUCGACCCUGGAAUCCUUGGGUACCCCAGGGACGACUGGCCUUAAAGCCUUAUUCCCUGCCUCCCAGGCCGGAAGUCCCAGCCCAGUCCCCACGCAUGUCCCUCUUCCUCCUCAUACUUUCCCUUGACAGAAAGCUCCUUUAAUCCCUGUUCUGAUAGGGGAGGGCAGGCUUCCCACUUCCUCUCCAGAACUCCAGAAAGAGCAGUGUGCUUAUGCUCCAGUCCAGGCUGGAGAGGUUGGACCCGGGGUAGGGGAGGCAGGAGCCAUGUCAGUUCUGAAGGCGGGGGGGGGGGGGGGGGGGGGGCGGUGAGAAAAAACCUCCUUGGGGGCCAGAGAAUCCUUUUCCCACACUGAGGCUCUGCCCAGAGGGAGCAAGGACUCCGGACCUAGGAAAAGAGGCUUUUGGCUCUGGGUGGUCAAGACAAUGGGAACUGGUGAUGGGGUGGGUGGGUGCUGGUGGGGGACUAAGAUCCGAAAAGAUGAAUAAAGAUAAACAUGACAAACU